UCUUCUUCUUCCAUCUCCUCUCGCUCUCACCAUUUCACCACUCUACUACUACUACCACGUCAUUUCUUUAAUUGCCUCCCUCACCCGUUUCUCCUCCUCACUUCUUCUUCCCGAUCCAGCCUUCAAUGCCACAACCUGCAUCAUCCACCACCUCCCCUCUUCUACUUACAUCACAUUUCUCUUUCUGUCCUCCUCCUCUCUCUCUCUGAGGUUCCCCAUCUCCAUUGGUGCUACAGGUUGGAUUCCAGCUUCUUUGCUUGAGGAAUGAGCGGAUGGAGGCUCUGUUGCAGAAACAGGGAGAAGAACUCAUCGACGCUUGCUGCUGAUGCCUAGCAGUGGAUCUACUUCCACUCGGCGCAACUGAAUCAUACUCCGAAAGUUCUUAGCACAACAGCAGCCGCCAUGAGUGAUCUGAGUGCAGAGAUGCUGAGGAAGGUCCUUGGCCUGACGCUGUGGGUGUGGAUCGCGAUCGGCGUGGUCGCGCUCCUGGUGGCCAUCCUGCUGAUGAUAUGUAUCUGGGCGGCGUCCCGUCGCAGGACCAAGAGGACCAAGGACACCCUCAGCCAGACGCAGAUCCCCAUCUACUCCAAGGAGAUCCCCGUCGACAGGGUCGGCGGCGGCGGCCGCAGCCUCGCGCAGACGAUGCACGAGCGCGACCACCCGAGCUUCCCGCCGCAGGACAGCAAGCACGCGAGCCGGGAGCCCGGGAAGGCGCCGGGGCACGUGGCGCUGAGCAAGUCCUCGGAUCAUGAUAACGUGAGCCAGGGGAGCUCGGUCUGCAAUGUGGACCGCGUCGGCAGCGUGCAUUCUGGGGAGGAUGGCAGCUCGGGGCAUGGCAGGAAACCGUAUUCUCCGGCGGCGUUCGUGUCGGCGUCGCCCCUGGUUGGCCUUCCUGAGUUCUCUCAUCUUGGCUGGGGACACUGGUUUACUCUGCGUGACCUUGAGUUUGCAACCAACCGUUUCUCGAAGGAGAAUGUGCUAGGAGAGGGUGGCUACGGAGUGGUUUAUCGUGGCCGUCUAGUGAAUGGAACUGAAGUUGCCAUCAAGAAGAUCUUUAACAAUAUGGGGCAAGCUGAGAAGGAAUUCAGAGUGGAGGUUGAGGCUAUUGGCCAUGUACGCCACAAGAAUCUGGUUCGUCUGUUGGGAUACUGUGUUGAAGGAGUUAAUAGGAUGCUAGUUUAUGAGUUUGUGAACAAUGGUAACUUGGAGCAGUGGCUACAUGGAGCUAUGCGUCAGCAUGGUGUUUUUACCUGGGAAAAUCGCAUGAAGGUCGUUAUAGGCACUGCAAAAGCACUUGCUUACCUUCAUGAAGCUAUAGAACCAAAAGUUGUACAUCGGGAUAUAAAAUCUAGCAACAUCUUGAUUGACAAUGAAUUCAACGGCAAGGUCUCUGACUUUGGAUGGGCCAAGAUGUUGGGGUCAGAUAAAAGCCACAUUACUACUAGAGUGAUGGGGACAUUUGGAUAUGUUGCACCCGAAUAUGCUAAUACUGGGAUGUUAAAUGAAAAGAGCGAUGUUUAUAGUUUUGGUGUUCUCUUGUUGGAAACUGUGACUGGAAGAGACCCUGUUGAUUAUAGCCGCUCUGCCAAUGAGGUUAAUCUUGUUGAGUGGCUCAAAAUGAUGAUAGCCAACCGGAGAGCAGAAGAAGUGGUUGAUCCAAUCCUAGAGAUUAGACCAACUAUUAGGGCUCUUAAGCGAGCUCUGCUAAUCGCACUAAGGUGUGUUGAUCCUGACUCAGAAAAGAGACCUAAGAUGGGCCAGGUUGCAAGGAUGCUCGAGUCUGAAGAAGUUCCAUACCGGGAGGAUCGGAGAAACAGGAGAAGUCGCACAGGAAGCAUGGACAUCGAGUCUAUCACAGAAGGAUCAAAUUCGGCUGAAUUUGCAAACAAGGUAGAAAGAACUGGCAGUUCAACAUCAGACCGGUCUCAGUCGUGAGUCCUGCCGCUUAUGAAUGUAUCUCAUGUCAUGAGCACUCAUGUUCAUUGGUCAGUCAGAGCAACUUCGUUCAUCACCAAGGCAAAGUAGGAAAUAUUAGUAGGUUAAGGUAGGCACGUCAGAAUUUUACUAGCUAAAAUUUUAGGCCGAGCUAUUAGGUCAAGCAGAAUCUUGGAGGAUUAACUCCCUGUUUUUUCUUGUUCAAUUCUUUUGUGUGCUGUAUAGGUUUGUGUGGGUGCCUGAGAAGAUCAUGCUUGUGUACCAUGCUGUUCCUUCACUUCGUGACAGUGGACCAUUCUUUAUUUAUUCUUCCUGUUGGUUCUUGCA